UCCGGGGGGAGUGGUUGUACCGCAGAGUGGCAUCUGGAGUGGCAUCUCUGGCCAAAGAUGCCGAGGGAGAGCGAGCGGGUUGUUUGGUUUCAUGGGGGGCAUCGUUUUCUGGUUUGGUUCUUGGUUUGGCAUGUGCUCAGUGUAUGCUCCCGGUGAAUUAAUUGUUUGGUUUCGCCGUCGAGGAUCAUUUCAUCAAUUGUCUCAUCUGCCGUUCAAUUCCAUUCACUUCCAUUGGCUUUUUUCUCUCUGUUCGAGCAACAUGUACAUCUACACUGCCGCCCAGCUGCUGCACACUGCCGCUGCUGUUAUAGGCGCCCAGCCAAGGCCCCCCUCCAGCGGCUACAGCACAUCAAAGGCGCCUACCGCACAGCCAGUUGUUUCUCUCCAGGGCCAAUGAGCGCCAACCACCUCCUCCAGCGCGCCUAAACUGAAACUCGAAACCUCCAACCUGCAUCGCCAGCCCACCAAAGCUUGCCAAACGCUGAGCAUCAACU